CUGAGCGCGCGACAGCACGCGCUGACAGUUGAUGUGGACUGACCUGAACUUUAAAUAAUUGUGGAAUGCUCUUUUAUUCACGUUCACAUACAUUUUUAAGACGAGACGGUGUUUUGAACGGUUGCUGAAGAAAUGAUAAAGAAGAUAGCAAAAGGUUAAACAUAGCGCAAUGUCGCGAUAUUAGCGUUUUUUUUUAUCAUAAUAUCGGAACUAAGUAUUGGGUUUUAUUCUGUUCUCGUGGGGUGUGUCCAUCAGAGCAGCACUGAGCGCUUGUUGGAGUCUGUCCGGAUGUGUAUAUGAUGUCUGAUCACUUGUACCUCACCAGUGCGCUGCUGGCGCGCAAUGGAUUUAUUGUGGGAAUUGUUCUAUAUCGCGUUUAACCAGUUUCUCUGCUCUCUGAAUGGAUCUGAAUAAAGCAACGAUGAUAUUCGCAACUUUUUGGAUAAUGUUGCCCGUCCUUGAUUUAAUGCACUUCUCAAAGGCAGACGCGAUCUCACAGUCUCGGUCGGUUCGGCUGGACUGCGUUAGGGCUCAUGAACAGUGUUUGGCGAAGUACGGCUGCAGCACUAAGUACCGAACCAUGAGACAGUGCGUGGCCGGGAGAGCCGGUAACUUCAGCAUGCUGGCGGAACCCGAGGCGCAGGACGAGUGCAGGAACGCCAUAGAGUCCAUGAAACAAAGUCCCCUGUACGACUGCAAGUGUAGGAGAGGAAUGAAGAAAGAGAAAAACUGUCUGCGCAUCUUCUGGAGUAUAUACCAAAGUUUACAGGCCAACGACUUGCUGGAGGACUCACCGUAUGAGCCAGUAAACAGCCGUUUGUCUGAUAUAUUUCGUCUGGCUCCAAUAAUAUCAGGUGAAGCGGCCUUUACGAAGGACAACAACUGCCUGAACGCCGCCAAGGCCUGCAACCUGAAUGACACGUGUAAGAAGUACCGCUCUUUCUACAUCAGUCCCUGCACCAGUAGAGUCUCCACCACCGAGGUGUGCAACAAGCGCAAGUGCCACAAAGCCCUGCGGCAGUUCUUCGACAAGGUGCCACCGAAACACAGCUACGGCAUGCUUUUCUGCUCCUGCCCCUCCGGGGAUCACACGGCUUGCUCCGAGCGCAGACGUCAGACCAUCGUGCCAGCCUGCUCUUACGAGGACAAAGAAAAACCCAACUGUCUCUCCUUACAAGCCUCCUGCAAGACCAACUACAUCUGCAGAUCUCGUUUAGCUGACUUCCUUACCAACUGUCAACCUGAGGCUCGCUCGAUUUCUGGGUGUCUGAAGGAAAACUAUGCCGACUGUCUGCUGGCAUAUUCAGGUCUCAUUGGUACGGUGAUGACUCCGAACUAUCUCCGUGCCCCUGGCAUCAGCGUGUCACCUUGGUGUGACUGCAGCAACAGUGGAAAUGGAAAAGCAGAGUGUGACAAGUUCACAGAGUUCUUCACCAGCAACCGUUGUCUCCGCAAUGCCAUCCAGGCGUUCGGUAACGGCACAGAUGUUGGUGUGUGGCAACCCCAGCCGCCCAUCGUGUCCACUCCACCCGACCCGUACACUCCACAGAGAGGACGGGACAGGACAUCCAACACGCUGGACGACCCAGCACUCACCAAUGACCUGGACAGUAACGCAGACCAUCUCUACAGCUUCUGUGGAAGCCUACAGGCUCAGAAGCUGAAAAGUAAUGUUACUCUGGAUGUUCUUUGUGUGGAUCCGCAGCUGAAUGACCCCAGUAGCUUUAAUGCAAUAUCUCGGAGCUCAACUAGUGGCGUGUGCCUGCUGGACUGGAGUGUGCUGCUGCCGUCUCUGGUCUCAGCUCUUCUAACAGCCCCACAGACAUUAUAGCCGCUCACCGAUCAGACCUGCUGCUGGACUGCUGCCGUUGCCUCUGUACCAUACAAAAAAUGUUGUAUUUUGAGUUUUUCCGCAAGUGGUUCUGUGCGCGCCGUGGUGUUUCAGUGUGAUGAAACUAUUCUUGGUCCACCUGCUUUUCUUUCUCACUUAUCGGAGAUAACGGACAAACAUUGACAUUUUUGAAUGUCAGUGGAGGGUCAUCUAGGAUUACUUCUGUUGCGAAAAACUUUCUGCAAACAGGUGUCGUCCGAACUCUUACACGCGGCGCAUCGUGCUGCAGUUUUUUCUAUCAUCAAAGCGAGAUCUGGUCGAGAAAACAGAGAAGCGUGGAGAUGCGGGAACCACUUCUGACAGUUGAAAGAUUGACGCAGCUUCUGCGUACCAGGGUGCUGCAGAUGAUCAUUUAUUUUCUCUGAGCUGAUGCCACUGGAAAGCCUGCAAACUCCCAACUUCUACUCAAACAGUGUCAAGCAGUGCAGAGAAUUUUUUUUUUUGAAGGCUUAUCAGCAAAACCUGCUGCUCCUGUCCCUUAUUAGGACCUACAGACUCCAUUCUCCCUCAAAGUGGCAGUGACUUUUUGCAGUGCUCCGGCUUAGAUGAUACGGUAUGGGAAACGAACAUCAGGAUAGACACGACACUUUAUCACGACAAAACACAGGCAGUUUUUUUUGUUGUUUUUUUUUUGAGUUUCUAGGCUCCUUUAAAUUUGUAAAUGUCACAUCUAUUUUAGCUCUUAUCCUCUCCGGUGAAACACACCAUGAGAAUGAGUGCUAAGCACCGAUUUGCUUAUUUUGGGAACUUUUGGGACAUGCCAUUCAUCCCGGAUAUUUACUUGUAAAUACCAUCUUUGUUUACAAUUACCAUAUUAUGCUUCUCAAAGUUUAUUUCUAAUCUAGGAAACCUUUUCGGCUAGUGUAUCACCUCUGUUGUGUGAAAUAUGACUUAAGUUUUAGUGAUGAAAUUCAUAAGUAACUACGAGGGUUGAUACCGCAGUCCAGUAUAUGUCAAAUGUGCUUUAUGUACAUCCAGUGAGAACGGUUCCUUAUGCUCAUCUGAAAGAAGUGCUCUCCAAGUAUCAUUUCUGCAUUGUUGUUGUACUGGUUAGCUGUAAAAAGAAAUAUAAAUAUGUACGUAUAUAGACCAGGGCUGUAAGACACGCAAGAGCAAAGAGAAACUUGCAUUAAACUAACUAAAGAAGGCCUUUUAA